AUGACAGAGACAGUCACGGAGACUGAGACGGUUGUCCCUCAAGUUUCCCAAGUCGAGCGUCAUGGCUAUCUCUUUGGCCACCCGAUAGCACAUUCCAUGUCGCCAUUGCUUCACCAGACUGUAUAUGAUGGUCUUGGUUUGAACUGGUCACAAUUUCCUCUUGACUCAUUAGAUGUCGACCUUUUCCUUAGGUUAAGAGAAGACCCAAAGUUCUAUGGCGCUGCAGUAACAAUGCCUCACAAAGUCACCAUUCUACAGCAUCUCGAUGGCCUUACCCCCGAAGGUGCUUCGGUCGGCGCCGUGAACACUAUGUUCAUUCGCGAGGACCCCGAGACUGGCAAGCGGUUGUUCAUGGGCACGAAUACAGACGUUGUUGGAAUCAGAGAGUCUUUCUAUCAGAAUGUUGCCAACGCAGAUGCAACCUUCCACGGAAGGCCGGCACUCAUCAUCGGCGGUGGAGGUGCGGCGCGAAGCGCAGUCUAUGCGCUUCGAACAUGGAUGAAAGCCAGCAAGAUCUACCUCGUCAAUAGGGAUCGCAACGAAGUCAAGGCUGUGAUUGAUGAAUGCACUGCGCGGGGAUAUGGUGACUCCUUAGUGGACGUCGCAACCGUAGAGCAAGCAGAACAGCUCGAGGGAGUUGGUGCCAUUGUAGCAUGCGUACCGAACUUCACACCCAAAACAAACGAGGAGAAAGAGGCCAGGAGCGUGCUAGAAUGCUUCUUGGCCAAGGAGCACAAGGGUGCUAUCCUGGAAAUGUGCUAUCAUCCCAGUCCCUGGACAGAGAUUGCAGAGAUUAGUAAACAACAGGGAUGGCAAGUGAUACUUGGAACUGAAGCCAUGAUAUAUCAAGGCCUGGAGCAGGACAAAUUCUGGACUGGCAAAGAGCUCCAUGAACUACCAGUAGAGAACGUUCACAAAGCAAUCGCAGCAAAACUAAAUGAAUCGAGAUUGUAA